GCGCAGUCUCCUUCAGCUCGUCCUCCAACUGGUCAAGUCUGACUCGCCCGUGCGGUUCGGGUAACAUCUUUCAAAAGUCACUUAAGGCCACCUUUAGACACCCCUCCGAACGAAACAAUGGCUGUUCCUCCCUCGUAUGCCGAUCUGGGCAAGUCUGCCAAGGACAUCUUCAACAAGGGCUAUGGAUUUGGCCUGGUGAAGCUUGACGUCAAGACAAAGUCAGCCAGUGGCGUGGAAUUCAAAACAUCUGGAUCCUCCAACACCGACACCAGCAAAGUUGUAGGCAGCCUUGAAACCAAAUACAAGAGGGCAGAGUAUGGCUUGACCUUCACGGAGAAGUGGAACACCGACAACACCCUGGGAACAGAAAUCACUAUUGAAGAUCAGAUCGCCAAGGGACUGAAGCUGACUUUUGACACCACCUUCUCGCCAAACACUGGAAAGAAGAGCGGCAAAGUCAAGACCGCCUACAAACGCGAGUACGUGAACUUGGGCUGCGACGUGGACUUCGACUUUGCCGGCCCCACCAUCCACGGGGCGGCGGUCGUUGGCUACGAGGGCUGGCUCGCCGGCUACCAGAUGUCCUUCGACACUGCCAAGUCCAAGAUGACUCAAAACAACUUUGCCAUCGGCUACAAGACGGGAGACUUCCAGUUGCACACAAAUGUCAACGACGGAGCAGAGUUUGGAGGCUCCAUCUACCAGAAGGUGAGCGACAAGCUCGAGACUGCCGUCAACCUGGCGUGGACCGCAGGCAGCAAUAGCACGCGCUUUGGCAUCGCCGCCAAAUACCAACUGGACAAGGAUGCCUUCGUCAGUGCUAAAGUAAACAACAACAGCCUUGUUGGCGUUGGCUACACCCAGACCCUUAGACCAGGUGUGAAGCUCACCCUGGCCGGCCUGGUGGACGGCAAGAACAUCAACGCCGGAGGCCACAAGCUGGGUUUGGGCUUGGAACUAGAGGCUUAAGCUUCGAACUCCGGAAUAUCAGAAGGAAUUUGGCCUUACACAUUACCCAACCAGCAAAAGUAGGGACAUCUUGAAAGGGAGAGCGAGCGAGAGAGAGAGAGAGAUCGGGUUCACAAAGGCUGCAACGACAAACUCUUGAGUGAGCGCCGCCGUCAUGCCGGUGCUUUUUUGUUGCUUUCUACUUUCGAGAGUCUGGUGGCAUAUUAUUUAUAUAACCGGAAUGUCAUGGUUCUUGUCCAGCACUGCCAUCAAUCCAAUACAGUCCCAGUUGUGCAUCACUGUGCCUGUGUGGCUUUGUUAUCUUAGCAGACACUCCGUCUUUGUGUGGUGAGUGCUGUCCUCCCCGCUGUGAUUUCUGUUUAAAACACCACCCACCGUCUGAUAUUCCUCAGUUUUAAAACUACACUAGGCUUUUUCCCGUUACUAUUUAAAUACAGUUGCAAGCCUCCUUCACGCGCACACAACGGCGUCAUCACAAACCAGUCCACUCGGCCAACCACCACCACAAAAAAAAAAAAAAAAAAACACUUUGGGAGGCUCGAGACUGCUAGAAAGCGAUGCCAAACUUAGCAAAUGAAAUGAAAUGUUCUAGAGGAGUUAACUGUAAGUCUCCUCUCGCAUACAAGGAGAACUUGGAGCUCCUUUUGUCUGUUACCUUUUCAAUAAAGUCUCCAACCUAC